UAAUACAGAUCUACGUUAUUAGUACAUAAAUCUAUAUUUGGAAGAGUGGACUGUUAUGAAUUUGCCAGGCUGAUUGCUUUCCAAGUCUUUUAAGUACCGGUGCCGGUACCAGGUAUCUCUUUCUGUCUUUGCAUGAGUGUGGGGCUUUCAUGCUCUGGAAUAAAAUAACAAGAUGUCAAAAUUACCUGAUAUCAAUGCAAAGAUUGCUUAUCUCACCAGGAAGGUACCUGGAAAACGUCCUAAAUUAGAGAUGAAGAGACCAAUGUAUUUGAAAGACUCCAUAAAAUCAGGCAUGAAACGAUCAUCAGAAUUAGGAACUGAAGGUUGCAGUAAAGAAAUGGAUUCGUUUUUGGUGUGUCUUGAAGAAAAUAACUUUUUAGAUGCAAAUUGUACAGCUGAGCUAACUGCACUGAUGGCAUGUGAUAAACAAUUACAGGACAUGAAAAGAGAUCGUUUGGAACAAUUAAAAAAGGGAGAAGAAGUUGAUGGGAAAGUUAAUACGUCAGUUAUCAACAAAGCACUUAGGAAAUAUCCAAACCCCAUAAAUCAGGACAGUUUGAAUAUACAGAGGAACUUAUUGAAUACUUUACCCAUUCUUGAUCGCAAACCCUAUCCAUACAAACCUAAAUCCUCUUCACAAGCAAAAAAUGAUAAUGGUUUGAAAGUUUUUGAAAAAUGAAUUCUAGAAUUUUGACAUUAUUCUCUACUUCGCGGGUUUGUAUUCUCUUCUUUGAAAGUGUUUUCUUCUUUUGUGUUGGAAGUGUUCGUUUAAAAUAGAUUGUUUGACUGUGUAUUGAAUUAUCAUUGACAUAUCAGAUCUGUUAAUCAGUUUUAGUAAAUUUCUUUGUGGACAUGCAUUUACAAAUUCUGAAUACAGGAAGAAAGUUGUU